ACAAAACUUGCUUUUUCCCUAGACCUUGAAGCUGCAGCUGCUCUCUAAUCUAGGGAUACUCCUUAAAGGGCCUGUGUGUUAGUUCCUGUGUUAUCUUUCUCUAUCUUCUUUGAGUUAUUACCUUUACAUUCCAUUCCUGCUCUGUAAUAAAAAGACUUGUUCUGAUGCAGAGAGUCAGAACGCAUUGGACAAGCACCUUGGACAAGUGGUUUGCUAUGUUUUCUCCUUCUGCAGGAGCUUGGUUGAAAACUCAUAAACAUUGUCUGUGGUUCUCUUUUAGUUUAGAAAAUACCUAUCAUCUUGGUGCCGUGACCAGGAUCUCAACAUACCCGUUUGCUGACAAACGAAGAACGACACGCUGAAAACCGUGCACGGCCAGAGUCAACAGGACUUGUAAACAAAGUCCCGGGAAGUAACUUCUUCGCUGGGCCAGCGCCUAGGUCCGACUUUGUCUGUCAAAGGCGGAUUGAAGAGAUCCAACCGGACAAGACGAACCGACAGAAACGUGAGUUGAUAAGCGCUUUUAAUUUAGGGUUGAAGUCCCUUAUAAGGAGGGUUGGAGUCCCAUCCGUAAUUGGGUUCAAGUCCCAAUUUGGUUAAGAAAUAACAUCAAAUAAAAGAGAAGAGCGGGUUUGAGUCCCCUCCUUUUUGAGCCGGCAGAGGAUGUUUGAAUUUGUGUGUGUCCCGUCCUGGAUGUGAUUAAAAUUUUUGUAGGAAUGCGAAUGUGAAGUGUGACUGGUGCUGAAUUCUCUGAAAGUACAACUUAUUGUCCUUCAGUGGACAAUAGGUGCUCACAUGGGGCACUUUCCACGACGAAGCACAAAAUAACAGAUCAUAUUGAACAAAAUCGCAGAGUACUAAAAUAAAGAACAUCAAGCAAGCAGGAAAUGUGUGUGUGUGAGUGUGUGUAUGGAUGGUGUUUCAUUCUAUGAGAGAGAAACUUUCUGUCAUUGGAAUUAGAAUCCAAAGUGAAGAACCGGGUCAAAAUUAGUUUGACCUAGAAGCUUCCUUCUUCAGGGCACAAUUAAGCGCUCACUGGGAGCACUUUCUUUGAAGAAAAAGCACAAAAUACCUAUUAAGCUUAAUCGCAGAGUACUAAAAUUAUGGGAAGAUAGUGAAUGGUUUUUUAGCAUUUCUACACCUUCAAAUAAAGAAAGCCAGUGGAGAGACGUCUCACUGAGACAAAGAAAAUAAAAUUAAAUAAAAAAAGGGGGUUCCGGAACCGCAAAAAGUUUGCAGCGUUUGUAUUUAUAACCUAAAUAUAUAUGUAGGAAUGAUUGUUUUGCAUGCUCAAAAUGGAGUUAUGACUUUCCUAAAGAGGGAAGUUUAAGUGUAAAUGAAUUUUAUACAGGUGCAAAAACAUCUUGACGAGAAAUUAAAUGAAAUAAUAAAAAAAAAGGAAAACAUUUCUUCUCAGAGAACAAUGUUUUAUAAUGUAUAGAUUACUGGGUAGAAUAAUUACAAAAGGUUAAAACACCAACUUGGUGCUAUGAUCCUUUGGCUGUAUGUCUGGAGGGGUCAGCGAUCAGAGUUUGGUACCGACCUGGACUUUAUCCAGCCUCAUAUCUCACUUAAAUUCCAAAAUGAGAGGAGGGCUGCUCGCUGGUUCACAGCUUCAGCAUUAAGGAUCAACAAACCUAAAGUAAUUCACUGGUCUCUGAUAAGAUGUUCACUCAGACUAAGUUAAUUAAAUUAACUUACAUUCUACAUUUUAAAAAUCUAACAUGGCAAAGAAUAUAAAGAGACUACGGGUUUAACAUGUUUCAUGUUUAUAUGUGUUCUAAAUGAUUUAGAAUUAUAAAAUAUAAACAAUGUUGGGUAAUAAGUGGCUAAAACUAUAAAAUCAAAAGAGAGAAAAGAUAUACAUGAGAUAUUUAGAAAUAAAAAACACAAAAAGAAAGAUAAACCCUCAUUGACUCCUAUUUGCUUCUUUCCUUUUCCUCUGUCUGAGCCUCGCUGCGGUGCGUCUGACCUCAACUCGAAGCUGUCCUGCAAUGGAUCAGAUGAAGUCCCUCCCUCAUCACCAGCUUCUGACAGCGAUCAAGAAGACAAAGAAGAGUUCCACCACCUCCAGACACUAAAGUAUCUGCUGAUCCUAAUUCCCUGACACCUGGGAACUGCCAUUCAGCAAACUCCUGCAUGGUGUCCUGCUGGACAUUGGACUGAAACUACAUUCCUGUGUUUGGAUGCAACUGAACUCUUACAACCUCCGCUGAUCUACUUCCUGACAUCAGCGUGGAGAAGGAAAAGAUAAUGUGCUUCAGAGACGAAGACAACAAACUGAACUAUUUGAUGCUUGUUUCAUUUGUGAACUGUUUGGACAUUGACAGAGGGACAGUCUGGACAACUCAAGAUCCAACACCAGAGCCAGUUGGACUGACAGGAAACUGCAGAGCGAGUUAAAGGGGGGAGGGAGGAUUGCACCCCAGCGACGCCAGAACCAGGAGGAGGAGGGAGAAGUGAGACAGAAAGGAGACAUCAUAAGAUAAGUGUAUCACACAUACUGUUGUUAUACACUGUUAUUGCAAUGAAGACUUGCUUGCUUACUAACCCUUUUCACAUAUUAUCUAGCCAGAAAAGAAAGUCUUAGAGGCUUUUAUGUUCAAUAUUAGAAAAAUUCUCUCAGUUUGUCCCUGUUAACUCUGAGUCCUGUACAGCAGGACCACUGCUAAGGAUCCUCUUAGGGUCCACGAGCCAUAGGUUGGGAAACCUAAAGGGAAAACUGAAAUUACUAAAAGGUCAGCAAAGACUUAACAAAAACUUAUGCCACUAAAUUACACCAACUAAAAAUCAUCAAAGAGUCUAAGCCAAGAAUGAUUUGCAAAAGUUUUUUUUUCUUUCCUUUUUAAAGAAGUAUCCUGGUAAUACAUGCUAGUUUGGAAUUAAAUUAAAUAUCUUUAAGCAUUGAAAAUAACUGAUACUGAAGUGUUAAUAUACCAUAAAGUAUUUAUUGGAUUUAAAUUGAACAGUUAAUUUGCAUGGGUGAAGUGUUGUAGAAUCCAGCAACUUCCUGUUGCUGGAUUCUACCACAUGUCUGAGAUAGCUCUUUUAAAAUGUGCACGAUACCUAAAACAGGAUCCUGACAACUAAAGAUAAUUAUUAACACAUUAAAAAUGUUAACAAAUAUUGAAAAUUUCUUGAAGCUUCAGUAAAUUUUAUAAUAAUUUGAGCAAAGAAACAAUGAAAGCAGACUGAAAAUUUGUGACUGACUGAAAAUCAGAUCAAUAUUUAUCUUUCUGUUUUUGUUGCUUUUGUUGAUGGAAAUGAGUGACUAUGAGAACAAACAAACUGUACUCAAGAACUGAGUAACUGAUCAAAUGAUUAAUUAUUUAGGAAUAAUAAUAGUCAGCUGUUUUAAAAUGCAAGGUUAAAAGAACUUUGAUUUGAAGUAAUUGGUUACUCCAAACUGAUGCUUGUGAAUAAAAGUAAUAUUUUCUAGACUAAAGUUUAAAACUUUUAGUCUAGGUUUGAUGAUUGAUGAUUAUUAAAUUUAUAAAGAAAUAUUGAAUUAAAGGAUUUGAGAUUUUGGUUUAAUUUCAGGAUGGUCAUUUUUGUUUAAAAGGAGUAAAAAACAAUGUUCUGCAGAAGAGCCAACUCUGAGUUGUGCCAUCUGUCAGGAGUAAAACAGAAGUGAUCCACCUUGAUGAAUUUAACAUCCACAUGUAAAAUCUCUAACUAAAUGCCUCUUUGCUAACAGCUUUCCUAAAAGCAAUAAAACUGCCAGCUAAAACUAGCAGUUUGUAAGUGUGCUGCGCACAUCACAGGAAAGGAUGAGGUUCUAUAAUAAAUAAAAAGGGUUAGCUGAUCAAAUGUUAGAUAAAAAAAGCAGCAAUAAGAUAACUUAGAACUGAAAACUUUCUAAAAUAAGAUGAAAAAGAACAAAUAAUAGAUACAUUGUUCUAGCUGACAUGCAAGAUAAUGCUCCAAAAGCAGAAAAACAAAUGUGGAUAACUAGAGGGGCAAAACUGAAUGAUAACAUUUUUCAGGUUAAUAACAAACCUGUUCUACCAAAAUCCCUAUUUAAAGCAGCAGCAAUAUUGACACACGGAUCAUGUCAUGUGUCAACACGGGGGAUGAUUACUAUACUACAACAUCAUUUUACUAUGUAUGGAUUAAAUUCCUACUUAAAAUUUUUUUUGCACUGCAUGACCAGUCUGUGUUAAAAACAAUCCUCAAGGAAACAUGAGACCAAAAAGAGGAAGUUUCCCAAAACCUUCUUAUCCAUUCCAGACAAUGCAUAUGGAUUUUAUUGAACUUACACAAAGUGGGCCAUAUAAAUAUUGUUUGGUAAUGAUUGAUGCAUUUUCUAAAUGGGUUGAAAUAGUUCCUGCAAAAACAUGCAGAUGCUUUGACAGUAGCUAAAGCUAUAUGUAAAACUAUUAUUCCAACACAUGGCAUACUACAAACUAUUUAUAGUGAUAAUGGGCCACAUUUUGUAAACAAGGUGAUACAAAAUAUGGCUACUCAUUUAGGAAUGACAUUAAAAAAAUCAUUGUUCGUACCGACCACAAAGUGCCGGCCUCAUUGAAAGAGCCAAUGGAACUGUAAAAAGUAGAUUAAGAAAAUGUAUGGAAACAACUAACAGGCUGUGGCCAGAAUGUUUAGAUUUGGUACAGUUGUACAUGAGAAUUACAACCACACAGGAAGGACUAACACCAUUUGAAAUAAUUCAUGGAAGACCAUAUAGAUUACCGAUGUUUUCUGCAGAUUUACAGAAAGCAGAUGAGGAGCAAACAUUGGCAGAUUAGAUGAUUAGGUCUCUAAGACAGAAAGAGAUGUCAAAUGCAAAUUUACUGCCCUCCGACUCUGCUCUCCCACAGGAAACCCCUCCCAUCAAGCCAGGAGACUGGGUGUAUAUCAAAGUCAUUAAAAGAAAGAGCUGGGCCAGUCCAUGGUGGGAGGGACCAUUCCAAGUGCUGAUCACCACACCAACUGCUGUAAAGAUUGCUGAAAGACCCAGAUGGAUACAUCUCAGUCACUGUUAGGUACAGAGAGUGUUAGACUUCUAGAAUUGAGUGAGAGGAAGCCGGACUACAAAGGGAAUUUACAAAUUUAGAGCAAUGGGGUCUCCACAUGCCAGGUGGAUCCUCUACUGUGUUGUGACUGCAGCAUGUCAACUGUUUUGCAGAGGGAGUGGUCUCACUCUCAACAGGAUAAGGGGAGAAGCAGACACAUCCUCCCUCCAGACUCAUCCACAUGACUACUGCACCAACUUGUGAUGGCAACUGAUGAACAGGACUGCAUAUGAGAGAAAUGAGACCAACUGCUAUGUGUGUGCACAGCUACCCUACUCCACACACAACUUUGGUCUGAGACCUGGAAACAUAACCAAAAAACAACUUUGUUUGUGACACCAUGCCCCUGCUACAGAUGAACCUCCGACUACCAGAAGUAAUCACUUUGGUUAGUUUUAAGCCAGGAGCCCUUGGUGUCUGUGUGUAUAACAUGUGUAACAAAAUCUAUACCUUCUCUGACAAGAAGGCAGACUUUUCCAACUGUGACGCCUUCCACGCGACAAACCACGCCAGCAUUGGCUGUUCCAAAAGAUGGAAGUCUGACCAUAGUUAUACCAGAGUUAACCUUCUCAAGGUGAGGAAAUUCGAUAUCGACAGCAAGACCAGAGGACGUCAAAACUUCACUUUCUGCAGCACCAUCGUUCCAGGGAACAGAGGAACCAGGACAAUGGCAGACUGGUACUUUCUGCAUACUUUUGCUUCUCUUCCCAGGAACUGGGGAGAACUGUGCGCCUUGGUUCCUCUCUCCAGCCCAGUGACCUUCCUGCAAAAGGCUCAGGACGCUCACAGCCAUGGACACUACCGCACUAGAAGAGACGUCAUGCCGAAAGUCCAAAGAUGGGGAGGCCUUACUACAAGCUCUGGAGUUCCUUGGAAAUUCAAGAUCUGGGGUGGCGGAGAAAAGUUCAUGCAGAGCCUAUUCCCAUGGGUGGGAGUAGCUGAAGUUCGCGAUUACGUUGAGAUCAACAGGUACGCCUUGCUGCGCCUCAUCAACAACACAUACCAGCUAGCUAACGGCACCACAAAAGAGCUGACUGCGUUGAGAAACAUGGUUCUGCAAAACCGUGUUGUGUUAGACUUUCUCACAGCCUCUCAAGGAUGUGUCUGCAAGAUUAUAGGAUCAGCAUGCUGCACAUUCAUCCCUGAUGAAACAGGAACUGGAGGAACUAUUCAUGAUGCCCUGCAUGAAUUGGAAGAGCUUAAAGACUAUGUGAACAGUGCAACUCAGGGGUCACAACCCUUUGACUUUGUUUCUUGGCUCACCUCUGGACCAUGGUGGUAGCUUUUGUUAAAGAUUGGAACACCCAUCUUGACUGUACUGAUCCUAUUCUGUCUUUUUACAACCUGCAUCAUUCCAUGCCUUUGUAGCAUGAUGCUAAAGACAUUUAACACUGCUCUGAUCAGCUAUCAGACAGUUAGGGUAACCUCUGACACAGAUGAGGACUACAUAUUGCUCCAGAAGACUGAAGAUGAACUGAAAACAGGAACAUAUGACGAUGUUCUGUAAUUAAUAAACAGAUUAAAUCAUUUGCUUAAUGACUCCUACACUGAAAAUGUGAAAACAAGUGGUGUUAGUGAUGAAAAAUAUGCAUUUGGUUUCUUUUUUUUUUGUUUUCUUUACUGUUUUUCUUAUACAUUAUAUUCCUUUAUAUAUUAAUGUAGUAUGUAUUUGUAUUCUAAAAAAAAAGUGUAUUAAAUUUCUUUUCUUUUUCUUAUAUUUUGCAUAAUCUUUAUGUAACAAUGAUAAAAAGGAGGGAAAUGUUAGAAUAAUUAUGUAUUGUUAUCAUUCUUACAUUUGUUGGUUUACUAGUUUGUUUUUCAUUCAUAGGUUUAAUAUUCACACCCCAGAAAGGAAGAGUGUGAAACUGUGUGAAAGACAAAACUUGCUUUUUCCCAAGACCUUGAAGCUGCAGCUGCUCUCUAAUCUAGGGAUACUCCUUAAAGGGCCUGUGUGUUAGUUCCUGUGUUAUCUUUCUCUAUCUUCUUUGAGUUAUUACCUUUACAUUCCAUUCCUGCUCUGUAAUAAAAAGACUUGUUCUGAUGCAGAGAGUCAGAACGCAUGGUGAACAACUUGGACAAGUGGUUUGCUAUGGUUUCUUCUUCUGCAGAAGCUUGGUUGAAAACUCAUAAACAUUGUCUGUGGUUCUCUUUUUAUGUAGGUUUAGAAAAUACCUAUCAGGUGUAGAAGAGGAUUUUUGUUUCUAUAUUUUGCAACAUUCGAACAAAUAUUAAGUCUCCUUUCAUUUAUUAUUUAUCAUAACAUUCCUAAUUGCACUUUCUGAAUCAGGUUUAUAGCAGUUUAUUUUUGCAUGUUUGACAAAAGUAGUCAACCUUUUGUUAACUAACUUCAGUUUCUUUAUUAUUUCUUUUACAUAAGCUGUUCUACUCCUAAUUACACUGCCUGAACAAAUUAAAGUUGUGUUGUUUUUC